AAGCUUUUAAAAGCAACCAUGUCUGGUAAGGGCUUCCAGGGUUUUAAACAACACGCAGAAGGGGAGGUCCAGGAUGCUGCAAAUGCGCUGGGAAAGUCUGCACAGCACGUAGUGAACCAGGCUACAGAUGCGGGUCAGAAAGCUAUUGAUCAUGCUUGCAAGACUGCUCAAGAUGGUGUAGAAAAAACAACUGGACAAGCAUCAGAAGCCGUGUCUGGCCUUGGAAAAAAAAUUGGACUUAAGAAAUGAUGAUAAUUUAAACAGAGUGUGAGAUGUUGUAAAAUCAAUGUUUGCACUGCAAUUCAGUAAUCAUUUCUGUAGAAAUAUGAACGCUGUUUUAGAUUUGCAUCAUUUACUGUGCUUAGCUUUAUGCCAUAUGCAGAAUGCUCACCCACCAAAUAGUUUAAAAAAAAAUCUUGUAUGCUCUAGUCAUAAUCUCCCAUUCAGCAUUAAUCACAAAAGUUUCCGCAGUGACUAAGGCAUUGUCUGUCUCAUACAGUGAUGUAAAGGUUGUUGAUACAUUAGUUCAAUGUACCUAAGAAUUUAAAUGAUGAAACUAUUAAUACUCCUGCCAUUACAUAGGUAAUAAA